UAUGAAUACUCGCCACCGUAAUCGUCAGCCAUCCCCAUCUCCUUCUCCUCCUCGUCGUCAGCGUCAGGCCCCUCCGGCCAUGGACCUCACUCAGCUGAUCGUUCAGUUUCAGCGCAUGAAUGCGCCUACUUUCUCGGGGACGGAGAACCCCGCAGCUGUGCUUGAGUGGAUGAAGGAGCUGGAUAAAAUCAUUGUUGUGCUUCCCCUUCCCGACCGUCAGCGCGUGUCUCUUGCGGCGUAUCAGAUGAAGGAAGACACCUCAGACUGGUGGAUUGACCUUUGGGCUCGGAGACCCGAGGCGGAGCUUCAUGCUCUCACUUGGGAGCAAAUGAAAGUGAUGGUGCGUAGUAAGUUCCUCCCUCAGAGCUUUUGGGACAGAAUGGAGCACGAAUUCUAUCACUUGCAGCAGGGCAGUUCCUCGGUGGAUGAGUACAUCCGCACUUUCACCCGUAUGUGCCUUUUUGCGGGUGAUGCGGUGAACACUGAUGCUAAGAAGGCCCGGAAGUUCCUCAAGGGUCUCAACCAGAGGAUCCGCGAGCUAGUGGGAAGUCAUGGACCGAUGUCCUAUGCUGAUACUGUGAGCCGAGCCCAGGAGGUGGAGAGCUGUCUCAUCCCAGUUGUUUCUAUUUCAUCUUAUCCUCCUGCCUCUCAGCCGUCUCAGACUGUGGUCCAGUAUGCUCAGCUUAUUUCCUUGGCACCGCCCGGCUCUAGUUCGGGUAAGAGGAAGGCAGAUUCCCACCGGGAUAACCGGAAGGGAAAGCGAGGAGGACCAGAUCGGCGCAAUCAUCCCUCUUCUGGCAACCGCACCUGCAAGAAAUGUGGCAAGUACCAUAGUGGCGAGUGCUUAGCCGACCAGCGAGCCUGUUUCAACUGCAACCGUCCAGGCCAUUAUGCCAGUGUUUGUCCGGAGCCCAAGAAGCAGCAGCAAGCUGGGGGUCAGGCCCGUGUCUAUACUCUCACCCAUGAUGAGGCUGCUCGUAAUGCAGGUACCAUGUCCGGAAUGCUUUCUAUAUCCCACGUGCCUGUUUUUGCUUUGUGUGAUACCGGUGCUACCCAUUCUUUUAUCUCGUCUCGUUGUCUGGAGGCCUUAUCUAUUAGCACCGUGCAUGCUUGUGAUCCUCUCGAGGUUAGUUUAGCCUCGGGAAAAAUUAUUAUUUCGGAUUCGGUGGUUCGCGGUCUCCCCAUUUGUAUUGGUGGUCGAAUUUUGGAGGCUGACGUGUAUGUUAUUGAUAUGCGAGACUUCGACGUGAUCUUGGGCAUGGACUGGCUCACCCGUUAUCGAGCCGACAUCCGGUGCCAGGAGCGCGAAGUCACCCUUUAUCCCGUUUCUGAUCAGCCCGUUGUGUUCUUUGGGGUGAGUUCGAGGACUGUGCCUCGGGUCAUCUCUUCUAUGCAAGCUAGGAAGUGCCUUUCCAGGGGUAGCUGUCAAGGCUACCUUGUUUCUAUGGUAUCCGACGUCGUUGAUGAGCGGGUGCCCGAGCGAGUAUCCAUUGUCUGCGAGUAUCUCGACGUUUUUCCUGAUGACUUGCCCGGAGGACCGCCAGACCGACAUGUGGAGUUCACCAUUGACCUGAUUCCCGGAGCCGGCCCCGUUUCUAAGGCCCCUUAUCGUAUGGCGCCGAAAAAGCUUCAAGAGCUCAAGGCCCAGAUUCAGGAGUUGCUCAAGCUCGGUUUCAUUCGUCCGAGUGUUUCGCCGUGGGGUGCGCCCGUCCUAUUCGUGAAGAAGAAAGACGGAUCUAUGCGUAUGUGUAUUGACUAUUGGGAGUUGAACGCCCUUACAGUCAAGAACAAGUACCCCCUUCCCCGUAUUGAGGACCUUUUUGAUCAGCUGAGAGGAGCCAGCGUCUUCUCGAAGAUUGAUUUGC